CACACCCAAACAAGAAACAGUUUGCUGGUGAUUACUGCCGGAUGGUUCAUACUAAGUGGAUUUUCUUUUCUUAGCCAACAUUUAUCAUAAUGUCUCAGGAUUUGUGGUUACAGAACUAUGAUGCCACUUGUCGCCUGUCACAGGAAAUAGCAGAAAACAUUCAUGAAAGGAACAGGCAGCAGAGAACAGGGGGGAACCCUGCAAAGAUCAACAUGACACUACGGGCCUCACUGCAGAAGCUGAAACAGAAUAUUGCCCAGCUCAAAGAGAGUUUGUUGCGAGCUUCAUCAUCUCGGCGCAUAAUGCAGUCAGAAGCUGACAGGAGGCAGAACCUCAUUGAUGACCUGCUAACCAAAGAGAAGCAACUCAAUGCCACCUUCAAGGGAGACAUCGCAGAGCCAGAACCUUCCAGGUCGACGUUGAUGGCUGGAGGGGCAGGGGCGAGUGGAGGCGUUGCAGCCAACCCCUGGCUGAUCAACGAAUCGGAGGAGACCAGAGGACUGACCUUUGGGGAGAUCAAACAGCAGCAACAACGAAUCAUUGAAUCCCAGGAUGCAGGCUUGGAUGCACUAGCAGCUGUCAUCAGCCGGCAGAAGAUAAUGGGCCAGGAGAUUGGCAAUGAGCUGGAUGAACAGAAUGAAAUCAUCGAUGACCUCGCUCAUCUUGUGGACAAGACGGAUGGCAGGAUUCGUAACGAGACAAGAAGGGUGAAGCUGGUGGAGACAAAGUCAGCCUCCUGUGGGAUGCUGGUGGUGAUCGUGCUGCUUCUAAUAGCCAUCGUAGUGGUCGCUGUGUGGCCUGUGUAGGGGACGAGGACAGCAGUGAUCAUGGACCCGUGCUGGACGACUACCAACUACAGCGUGGUGCAGAAUGCCAGUGUAAAUCCUUUGCAUACACAUUGCACACAUGUACAGACACAGACACUUUAAACACUGUCUCUCAUCAGAUUUUAUUUUCUUAUUCUUGCUCUUCAUGUUUAGACAACGGUCACCAGUGAAUGCCCAACCAUGGCAAUGUGAAAUAAAGACUUAAGCAGCAGGUUCAUUUUUUUAUACAGUAAGUUGCUACUUGGGUGAAGGGCAUUGGUAGCCCUGCAGUAGAAUAUAUUGCUUGGGUGUAAAUUGUCCUCUUUAAUAGUUGUUCAAGUGUCUGGCUCAUUAAACCAAACCAUCAAACAGUUAAUUAUUUGGAGUGUUGUAAUCAAUUUGGAAAGUAUUUUUAGUCUGGACUGUGAUGAAUAUUGACCAACAGUAGGACCUCCCACAAGGUAUUGGGAGCUUUUCUUCCAUAAGUGUGUCUGUGGUCUAGGCUGAGGCUCACACUGGGUACAGUUAUUCCACAAGCUUUGCAACGUUCACACUCACUUAUAUUUACCCAUGCAUUACUGUAGCAGCUGUAAUGUUAUCAUUUGUCUUGGGAUUUUACAAUGUUUAUAGAGUAGCGCUCAGCCAAAACAAACAGCUCCGCCGUGUUACUAACAUGGCUAUUUUCCUUCCUAGUAAAUCAAUUCAGCUUGUAAUUUCUAAUAAAUGACAUUUCCAGUUAA